AUGUCCAUGUCAUGGUUCGAACGCAAAGGCAAGACUCCUCGUUCAAAGGACACCAGUAACCAACCCGGCCCUCAAUCAAAUGCGUCAAGUCCAAGCACAAGCAGCCGCUCUGACAGAGUGCGCGAUACCGCCAUUCCGAUUCUCGACCUCGUCGCCAACAUCUCAGAAGCAUCUGAUGCGCUUGCCUCUCUCAAAGCGGCAUGUAGAGCUACAAAGCAGAUCCUCGAGAUAGCACGCGCUGCCCAGAACAACAAAAAAGAUUGGAAACGUCUCUUUGAGCGGCUACAAGGUCAUUUGGAGUCGAUGGAGAGCCAGAUAGCCAUAUUCGAGGAGCAUCCAGAGAAGAACCACCAGGUGGACGACUCGUUGCGACAACCACUACUAGUCUAUAAAACAGUUGAAGCACGAACGCGUUCACGACUGUUGACUCGAGCAAUGAAAGUUGAUAUGGACGCAGGAGAUAUCCGAGAGUUUCAUCAAGACAUUGACGAUUGUCACCAAAGACUUACGGCUGCUCUAGCCGUAUCGUCUUCACUUCAUAUUCAAGCUGUCAAGGGUGACACCGAGGUUUUGAGAGUGGAUACGCAAGUCAUCAAAGAGAAUACUAAGACCCUACUGAAAGAUGCGGAUAUAAUGAUCAUUUCUCAACUCCCAGUUGUUAUUUCGACAUCUUCUAUCGUUCAUAAUCGCUGCAAUCCGGGAACACGAGUCACUGUUCUUGAUUCUAUCCGCCGUUGGGGAGAAGGCGAGUUUGCCGAGCCGAUCUUCUGGCUCUGCGACAUUGCUGGUUCUGGUAAAUCGACAGUGUCGAUGAGCAUGAUUGCACUUUGGAAGGAGACAGGCCUACUCGGUGGUUACUUCUUCUUCUCGAUCGCCACUACUGAGGAGUCGACCAUUACCAAAAUGUGUCCGACUUUCGCCCGGCAAAUGUUCGAAAACAUCACCACACUGGCCCCAUCUAUCGCGGAUGCGGUCAAACAACACCCCUCGAUCAUGACGAGCACAUUCGAGGAGCAGUUCCAAAGACUAAUCGUGGAGCCAACGAAGCAUCAGAACAAGCGGGUCAUAUUGGUCAUUGAUGCACUCGACGAAUGCACGUCUGGACUACAACGAAGAAGGCUCGUCGAGACGCUUUCCAUCGCCGUUCGGGAAAGUACGAAUCUCAAGAUAUUCAUGACAAGUCGACCGGAUCCUGUCAUCCAAGCGGUCUUAGGAUCACUUCCAAUCAAAGCCAAGAUGGAAGACCGGCUACACGAUGCCAGCCAUGGUGAUAACAUCAACGACAUUGCAAUCUAUAUAGAAUAUCUGAUCAAUGGAACGCUGGCUGAGGAGAAGAAGCGACGGUUGGUCAAGAAUGCCAACGGGCUGUUCAUCUGGGCAAGCACCGCAUGUCGAAUGCUGAAAAGCGAAACGACAUUGGAUACCCAGGACAGCAUAUACGAACGUCUUGUUUCAGUGGAUCAGACUGGAGAUAUAGACGAUGUAUACGAUCUCAUUUUCGAGAGAACAGACCCGAAAUCUCUCGCAACAAUGUGUAGUAUGCUCGGUAUUCUGCUUGCGGUGUUCGAGCCGCUCGCUGUGGACGAGUUGGAGGAUCUUCUCAAGCAUGCUGGAGUACGCGGAAGUGUGAAUGCCCUGGUUCAGAAUCUGGGAAGCGUCCUUAGUGUGGAUCCAAAUACAAGGCAAAUCCGAUUCCGUCAUCCCACUAUGGUCGAGUACCUUCGACGCCGCUCCCAGGCCUCAACCACUGAUAGCCACAAUGCAAUCUCUAUCGACAGGGUCAAUGCACAUGGUCAAGUGGCUUCGUGGUGUCUGAAACGGCUCAACUCACCGACCGAAGGCGUCAAGUUCAACAUUUGCCGAAUCGAGUCAUCGUUCUAUCUGAAUAGGCAGAUAGCAGACCUUCAUACGAGGGUAUCAGAGUUCAUCCCGAGAAAACUUGGAUAUGCGAGCUCGCAUUGGUUGUUUCACUUGGCGGAAACGGACGACAAGUGGCGAGAUGCACUCAAGAAGGAAGUAGAACGCAUUGUUCAAAGUCCGCGUGUGUUUCACUGGAUGGAGAUUCUGAGCUUCACAAGAGCGGUGCCACGAGCAAUAGCCGGCCUUCAAGCCGUUACACGCCACGGCCGGGUUCAAGGAGAAACUAGGGGCCGUAUGACGGAGAUACGUCGGUUUCUUAUGGCGUUUUUGGUGCCGAUCCAGGAAAGUGCAUCACAUAUCUACAUCUCUGCGAUUCCAUUUUCGCCCCGGAAGUCAAUACUGCAUAUUGAAGGCAUGGAAAGCUACGCAAAUGGCUUGAUUGUGAGCCAAGGGGUUGAGGAAUUAUAUCCGGGUCUUCCCAGAACUCUUCGUGGCCACCAAGACUUGGUUACUGCCGUCGUAUAUUCUCCUGACGGAUCGAGAAUCGCCUCCAGCUCGAUCGACAACACAAUCCGUCUAUGGGAGGCGGACACUGGCCAACUGUUAGGGGAACUGCGAGGGCAUGAAGAUGACGUUUACGCCGUCGCAUUCUCGCCAGAUGGCUCACGAGUCGCCUCUGGCUCCAACGACAAAACGAUUCGCCUCUGGGAAGUAGAAACUGGUCGGCCAUUGGGUGACCCGCUCCAAGGCCAUGAACAUGGGGUCAACUCCGUAGCAUUCUCGCCAGAUGGCUCGCGAGUCGUUUCUGGCUCUGGAGACAAUACAAUUCGAAUAUGGGACGCAGACACCGGUCUGCCGUUGGGAAAGCCCUUCCGAGGUCACGAAGACGGGGUCAAUUGCGUGGCGUUCUCACCAGACGGCUCACGUAUUGUUUCCGGUUCCGACGACAAUACCAUUCGGUUCUGGGAUCCAGAAACUAAUCUACCGCUGGGAGAACCCCUUCGAUCUCACCAAUCCCAGGUCAAUUCUGUUGCAUUUUCGUCAGAUGGCUCGCGAAUCGCCUCUAGCUCUAACGACAAAACAGUUCGGCUGUGGGACGUAGAUAGUGGCCAGCCAUUAGGGAAGCCCCUUCGAGGUCACAAAAACUCGGUCCUUGCCGUGGCAUUCUCUUCAGAUGACUCAAGAAUUGUCUCCGGCUCUUGUGACAGGACAAUUCGAUUGUGGGAGGCAGACACUGGUCAACCAUUGGGAGAGCCACUGCGAGGUCAUGAAGGUUACGUCUUUGCCCUCGCAUUCUCGCCAGAUGGCUUACGAAUCAUCUCUGGCUCCGAAGACAAGACCAUUCGGAUUUGGAAGGCAGAUACUGGCCAGCCUUUAGGAGAGCUACCUCGGGGCCAUGAAUCGUCAAUCCUGUCAGUUGCGUUCUCUCCAGACGGCUCGCAAAUCAUCUCUGGCUCGUCCGACAAGACAAUUAUACGGUGGGAUGCGGUCACCGGUCAUCUAACUGGUGAGCCACUUCAAGGUCAUGAAGCGUCAGUCAUUGCCGUCGCAUUCUCGCCAGACGGUUCCCAAAUCCUCUCAAGUUCGGAGGAUACGACAAUUCGACGAUGGGAAGCAGCUACUGGCCGGCAGUUGGGAGAGCCGCUACAAGGUCAGAAAUUCUUGGUCAACACCGUCUCAUUCUCUCCGGACUGCUCACGCAUCGCCUCCGGCUCACCCAACGGGACAAUUCAUCUGUGGGAUGCAGACACUGGUCAGCAGCUCGGAAAGCCAUUCCGAGGUCAUGAAGGUUGGGUGAACGCCAUCGCAUUCUCGCCCGACGGCUCGCAGAUCGUCUCCGGCUCCGACGAUAAGACAGUUCGACUGUGGGAGACAGACACUGGCCAGCCCUUGGGGGAGCCGCUCAGGGGUCAUAACGGCUGGGUGAGGGCCGUUGCAUUUUCGCCAGAUGGCUUACGAAUCGCCUCUGGCUAUUCCGACGGGAUUAUUAGACUAUGGGAGGCGGAAGCUGGUAGGCCAUUGGGAGAACCACUCCGUGGCCACGAGUUCUCAGUCUGGGCCGUCGCAUUCUCGCCAGAUGGCUCACGGGUCAUUUCUGGAUCUGAAGACAACACAGUUCGACUUUGGGAUGCAAACACUGGUCUACCGUUGGGAGGGCCACUCCAAGGCCAUAACGAUAGCGUUAGGGCCGUGGCAUUCUCGCCAGACGGCUCACGUAUCGUUUCCGCCUCAGCCGAUAGAACAAUUAUGUUAUGGGAUGCAACCCUUGCUACUAGCUCCAAGAACUCCGAACGCCAAGGUACCGGCGCUGGAGAUAUAGGUCUGAAAUCUGCGUCACUGGAUACUCCCCCGGAAGUACUCGUACCGGGAUUCAAUCAGUGUACAUUAUCGCAGGAUGGCUGGGUGCAAUCUUCCGAUAAAUUUCUCUUCUGGGUACCACCAGACAACCGGCAUGGCCUAUAA